AUGACCGAUCUUCCUGCCGUGCUCGUCGCCUCCGUGGGCGGCCUCGUUGAAUUUCUCUCGGGGACAUUCAGUCGCUUCAGUGCAUUCCGCAAGGGCGUUCUUGAGCACAUCCGCAAUCAGCUCCUCGCCUUCACCGAGGAGAGCAGCGACAAGCAAAGCAUCGUCUUUGCGCUUCUAGGAUCGCUCAUCAUGGUGGUUGUUCUCGCGAAAGUCGUUCUCGCCUGGUUUGGUGUGGCCCGAAAAGAACAGAAUGCUCCACCUGCGCAUCGUUCCUCUGUGCCGAAGGAGGAAGUGCCCGAAGCCUCGCCUCGAGCCCGCAGUCGCGCUUCCGGCCCCAAGUCUGCCUCCUCGCCGCGCAGUCGCCCCUUCCCGGUCGUAGUUAAGAAGGAAGCCGAGAGCGAGACGACAGUGCGCGGGCGGCGGCCUGUCGAGCAGCGGACGCUCCCUGGCGCUUCCGAGAAGAAGAGCGGCGGGUGCGCAAGAGACAGCUCGCAGGUCCGCGGCCGGUCGCGGCCUCCGCGCGAAGCGCUGCGCAAGACCCUGGAAACCUCUCCUGUCCGUAGCGUGCUCCCAAACGACGGCGCACGGGCGGCGCGCAGAAGCGAAAGCAGAGCCGCCAAGGCCGUGAAAAACAGGCGACUAUCCCGGGACAGCGAGCGGGAGGAGAAAAUCACCACUACCCGGUCAGGUCGCGUCAGCAAACGCACGCCGCUGUACCCGGGAAUUAUCACCUGGGAGGGGAACCGUCCCGUUAUCGAUUUGACGCAAGAGUAG